GUUUUAAUGAACCUGAAUGCUCUGUUGCACACACUGCUGAUGGCUCAACUCUCCUUUUGUGGGGACAACAUCAUCCCUCACUUCUUCUGUGAUGCAACUCCCAUCCUGAAACUCUCCUGCUCAGACAUACAUCUCAAUGACCUGAUGAUUCUUACAGAGGGAACUACGAUUGUAGUCACCCCAUGUUUCUGCAUUUUGAUCUCCUACAUCCACAUCAUCUGUGCUGUCCCAACAGUCUCAUCCCCUAGAGGAGAAUGGAAAGCCUUCUUCACCUGUGUCUCACACCUGGCUGUGUUCUGCCUCUUCUAUGGCAUCAUCAAAUCCCUUUAUUUCAACCCCUCAUCCUCUCACUUUGCUGGGAAGGACAUGGCAGCUGUCAUAAUGUACACAAUUGUAUCCCCCAUGCUGAACCCUUUCAUCUACAGCCUGAAGAACAAGGACAUGAAAGGGGCUUUAAGGAAAGUGUUUACCUUGAAUCUACAUCUACCAAUAAGGCUAAGAAAAUCAUAUACAUAA